UUGGUGUUCCUUCCAUUCUCUGCUCAUUCCAUUCAACCCCAUUUGAGAUACAGCAAUGGCAGAAGAUUUAGAAUCAGUGGGAGUUGUAUCAGAGAGGGGUAGAUCGUGGAAAGCUCAUACGAGCAUGACACUGUCGAUGGCAUUCUAUGGUGGCUACCAUGUAAUCACAAAAGUGGCCCUUAAUGAUGGGGUCAACCAACUAGUUUUCUGCUUCUACAGGGAUUUCCUUGCCUUCACUAUUCUUGCUACUCUCGCUUUUUUUCUUGAAAGGCAUGAUCUUUUUCCCCUUCUCCUUCAACUGUUACUGAUUAUGCUGUGUUGGGAGAUAAAGAAUCCGAUUGGCAUGUUAUGAGAGAGUGUAAAACUUUUCUCCACAAUCUCAAAAUAAAUUGAUUUUCAUUUUCUUAUAGAAAGUAUUUGAAGAAACAGGGUUCGGAAAUUUCUGAUUUGUUAACUGUGUAAAAAUUCCUUACACUGAGAGGACAGUUAACAAUAAAAGUGUUUUUUUUUUUUUUUUUACCUUUUUACCUUCACAUUUAGACAUGAAUAAUUGCUCGUUGGCAUCUUGACUCAACUUUUACUGAUUGAUAGAAAUUUGGACAAUUUUUUAGAAUUCUUUGUACCUUAAACACCUUUGCACCUUCGUUCAUGUUCUGAUUUUCGCAGUAGCAUGUUGGUAAUUGUUAAAGAUGUAUUGUAUGUUUUUAUCCAAAGGGCUAGGCUUUUGGAAAUAGUUGAUUCAUGAAUACUACUUAUUGGAGCAAUUAUGACCAAAGGGUUUAUGACGAACUAGACCACCCCUUACCAAGAAGCUAUUGAUGUCAUUCUUAAUUCUUGGAUUCACCGGGGUAUUUGGCAACCAGCUUUUGUUUCUUCUUGGUUUAAGUUAUACUAAUCCAACUUAUGCUGCUGCUGUACAGCCAACAAUUCCAGUGUUUACAUUUAUGUUUACUCUGAUGAUGGGCAUAGAAAAACUGAACUUGCUCAGAUAUGAAGGUUGGGCAAAGGCUGGAGGAACUCUUAUCUGUGUUUCAGGAGCCAUAUUUAUGGUUUUCUAUCGUGGUCCAGCUGUGAUAGGGGGUAACGAAAUGGAUCAAGUUACACAAAUUAAACCAAGUGGCAACAGUUCUCGUUUUGCUAUUGAUAUUGGAUUAGAUAGCUUUCAGCUUGGGGUUGUGUUCUUGAUAGGGAACUGCAUCUGCAUGGCUGCUUAUCUAGCCCUUCAGGCACCAUUAUUGAAAAAGUAUCCUGCAAAUCUAUCUGUCACGGCAUAUUCAUUCUUCUUUGGAGUUGCACUGUUGGUGAUUGCAUCAUUUUUCAUGGUUAACGAGUCAACUGAAUGGAUUUUGACACGAUCAGAGAUACUAGCUGUUGCAUAUGCUGGAACUAUUGCAUCUGCUCUUAACUAUGGAAUCAUUUCAUGGAGCACUAAGAUCUUGGGGCCAGCUUUGGUUUCCCUAUACAAUCCUCUUCAACCUGCAUUUUCUGCAAUCCUUUCCCAAAUUUUCCUUGGCACUCCAAUUUACCUGGGAAGCAUCAUAGGGGGAACUUUCAUCGUUACUGGUCUAUAUUUAGUUACUUGGGCAUCUUAUAGAGAAAAACAAGAAACUUAUGAUGGAGUUACUCCAAAUGGCUCUUGGAUCUCUGAACCACUUCUUCAUGAAAAAGGUGAAUGCCAGAGUGGUCACACUCAGGGUCCUCCAGCGUAAACAUCAAAGCCAAACUCAGCAAAUUCAUUAUUCAUCAGCAAUGCUUUGUGGAAAGUUUUCUCAUGAUUCUUGAAUUUGUUUUUGUUAUCCUUUUAAAUGGUAUGCUUGUUUUUUAUAUAGUAAAUGUGAAAUGUUGUUUGAGGACAAACUGUGAAUGUGAAAUGUAAUAUGAUGUUUAUAUCUUCCCAAUUUCUAUGUCCUGUUAAAUUUAA